CCCGCGGUAGCGCCGCCGCCGCCGCCGCGGCCGCCGGGCGCCCCGCGCAGCCCCGCCGCGCUAUAAGUGCGGGCGCGGGGCGCGGCAGCCGCCCAAGAUGCGCUGGCAGCCGGGGCUGCGCGGCGCUUGGCCGCGGCCGCCCCGCGCCGGGGAGCCGGAGCAGCAGCAGCGGCACGAGGAGAAGAAGAAGAAGAAGGAGGAGGAAGAAGAGGAACGGGGAGACGGCGGUGGCGCGGGGCGGCCGCGGCCAUGAGCUGCUCGGACGUGGCCAUGCAGCAGCCCGCCCCGGCGGCGUGCGGAGCGCCCCGCUACCUGGCCGCGCCCGCGCAGAAGAAGUUAGCUGUGUACAACAAGAUGCAGGAGUCUCUGGAAGUGACCCUUCCCAGCAAGCAAGAGGAGGAUGAGAAAGACCAGCCUGCCGAGAUGGAGUACCUGAACUCUCGCUGUGUCCUGUUCACUUACUUCCAGGGGGACAUUGGUUCUGUGGUGGAUGAGCACUUCUCGAGAGCUUUGAGCCAAGCCAGUAGCUUCAGUUCAGAGACUGCCCUUUCCAAGAGCAAGGCAGGGCUCAAUCCUCUGUGGAGAGAAAGCUCGACGAUUUCAAGCCAAAGGAGCAGCUUCCCCACCUCGUUUUGGACCAGCUCUUACCAGCAUCCCCCCCCUCCACCCUGCUUAAGCGGCGUGCACCCCGAUUUCCCCGUGACCGCACCAGGCACCUUCCCAGCAGCAGAUCCCAGCAGCUGGCCGGGACACGGCCUUCACCAGACCGCCCCGCCCGCUCCCCCCUCCGCCUCCGAGUCCUGGCCGUACCCCCUGGCAGCGUCUCAGGUGAGCCCCCCGUACAUGCACGAGGUGUACGUGCACCGCCACGCCGCCGGCGCGCCCCGCGACCCCCGCUACGGCUCGCUGCUGCUGCCGCCGGUCCGCGCCAGGAUCCCCCCGUGUGACGGCGCCAAGGCAGAGCCCACCGUCACCAGCGCUACCUCAGCCUGGGCUGGAGCCUUCCACGGAACCGUGGACAUCGUGCCGGGCUUUGGCUUCGACGCAGGUCUACAGCAUCAGGACAAGAGCAAGGAAACUGCUUGGUUCUGAAGUACAGAGAAAUUGAGACCAGCCAGAGCUGGAGUCUGCAGAGCUGGUGAUGCAGCAGAGGUUGACUCCUCCUGAGUGGAGCUAAGGACACACAUGAAGAUGAAGGGCCAACUAUUCUGGUUUUGCUAUUGAGCCUUUUAUUUGUAAGGCCAUUUAUGGGUCCCACAGUGUUGGAAAAAAAAAACAAAAAAACAACCAGAAACCUAACUUUUCUUUCUUUCCUCAUCUGAGCCUGCUGCAGCUGGGCAACCUAACUCCUUUCUGCUCCUUUAACAGUGUUUUGUUUUGUUCAGCUUGAUAUUUUUAUGAACAGUCUCAAUAGUCAGGAAAAAGACUCUGCCUUGAUUACAGUGCGCCUUCUUUCAGGAAUACAGUAUUUUGUAGCUCUUUGUGCAUCUAUUUUUGUAGAAAUACAGAAAGUUUGGGUAAGGAUUGAUGGGCUAUUUUAGGAUGACAUAUUUUUUUAAAAAAAUUGUAAAAUUGUUAAGUUCUGUUUAAAGAACUUGCUCUCAGAGAAGCACUGGCAAAAAUGUAUAAAAUGCUAUUUUUAGAUGUCUGUGAUGUGUUUGUGCAUUUUGGGUUUUUUUGUUUGUUACCUCAAAUGUCUGUCUUCUUUCUUUUUAAAGAGCUAAACUCCUUUGUUUCCACUUUACUAGAUUCUGAUGUUUUUGUCCUUUUAUUCUAGCUUAAGCAAGUAUAAUUCGCACCUGAAGUUUCAGCCAAAUAUUUUUUCCUGGUGUUAGAUUGUAGUAAAAGUGUUUUUGUUUUUCUUGCUUCUAAAGGUGGCUUUGUGCCAUGCUGAUUGUCAGAAGCUUGCAAACACCUUUAGCAUAGAGCAAAGCUUGAGGUUACAGCAACUGCAUUUCCAACCCAUCCAUUCUUUCAAAAUGGACCAAAUACUCUCAAAUCAGACACAAAUAUGGGCCUCAUCUGUGAUCCAUUGCAGCUGUUGACCACAGUUCCCUGUGGGUUAUGUUGCAGUACAAUCUCACAGGCAGGACUUUCAGCUAAGCCAUUUCAAGGCGGUAACUUAUAACAUCAAUAUUCAGGGAAAUGGAAAAAAAAUAUUAAAAAUCCAGGUUUAUAAAAAUGUGUGGCUUGUGGAGACAGAAGGUUUUCAACUGGCCUGCUCUGUGUGCUGAGCAGCUCAAGGGCAGCACUGCAGUUCCCAUCUCCGUUGACUCCAGGAUGUGUUUGCGCUGCCGGGAGCAGCCGCGUGCGCUGAGCCUGCACCAGGGGCAGAGCCUGGCCUUGGAACAGCUGCAUGGCCACCAGAAAGCACAGCCCUCUGCCUGGGAACCCCCUGGGCUGGGCCUUGGCUCUGGCUUGGGUGAGGAAGGCUGUGGCUGGAGCCAAGGUGAGCGUGAUCAAUCCUGGGCAGGGGCUGCGAGGUGCCGUGAGCUGGAGCUGGGUCAGGCUCCGUGCCCAGCCCUGGGGACUCCUGUGAGUGUCACCGUGUGCUUAGAUGGGACUGAGAACAGCCCUGGGUCAGGGCCUGGCUUGCUGGGUCCUGUUGGAGGUGUUGCCUUUCUGCUCUGUGCUCCCAGGGUCCCUCUGCAGUGUCUCCUAAGGCUGUUACAAACUUUACAUUUCUGCCACUCUCAGACAUCCCUGUUUGAAAGGCACACCGGCUGAGGGAAAAACCAAGAGACAAACACAUGGCUGAGAUAAGCAGUUUAAUUUUAAGGCACUGAGCAUUGUAAAUGUAGUUUAGUCAGGUGGAGACCACAUGGAUGUGUGUGAAAGGGGAGGGGGGUGCUGGGCUGUGCAUGCCACUCUGAGCUUCCCUGCACUGCUGCUUCCCUCCAGGCUUUUUGAACUUGAUCCUGUGAGGUGUUGGGCAUUCUUCCUUGUCUAGGCAGAGGGCUUGACAUGCUGGCACUGGAGGCAUUAGAAUUAUAUCACAAUUUGGCAAGACCCUUAAGUCUCUACCUUGCUGAUUUGAAGUUUGAGACAGCAUAUAAAUGCUGAAUGGACUAUGCUUAAAUAUUGCUUUAAAGUAAUAAGGUUGGAGUCUCUGUGUUGGGAUGAUGAAUUAAAUGUGGUGGGGUUUUUUUCCUCAUCUUUGUAGUCCAUCAGUAUUUCUUUCUCUCAAUAAAUUUCACUCUCAUGACAGUUUCUCUAUAUUAUUGCUGCUCUGAUGGAGCUAGCUCCUCAAUUUGUCAAAAAAUUCAUAAUGCAGUGGAAAAACUGUAUGGGAGGGAAUGGAGUGCCAGCUGCCACAGUUCACUUUCUUAUCAGGACAGUACAGUUCAGGAAAUAUCUCAAGAAAAAGAGCUCUGACUAAGAAAUGCUCACAGCAUUAGAAAUACUGGGAGGAAAAAAAUCCAAGCUUUUUUUUUUUUUUUUUUUUCUCCCCCUGGAUUUGGCAAAGGUGGGAAUCAAAGAGAGGGUGUGUCCUCAUUGAACUUCAGGGAUGGAGUGUUUUGGUGGCAGGGGAAGCAAAAGAAAAGGCAGCAUUAUUUUUGAGUUCUGCUCACUGCCUUCCCCUUCACAAGCUCAUACUAUGAGGGAGCUCUUCUUGUUAAUUAUAGAUGUUAGAGCAAAACAGGACAGGAAUGAAACAGGCCCACAGUUUGCACUGGAAUUUCUGAAUUGUAUCACUGAGUUUGGCUAGUGGGGAUGAAGAAGUGGGGAAGCUGUUGCCUCUUCCACCUCCAGGGCUACUGUUCUGCACCCACCUUCUGCUGCUGAGCCUGGGACUGAGCUGGCAGAACUUCUGCAAACUCUGGGUGACAAGUGCCAAUAAAAACCUGCUGUUGUCUGUAGCCAUUCAUGCACCAGCCUGUCAACUUUGAAAGUGAAAUAAAUUCUCCUUUUCCCUUCACCCACUAAUUGCCACUUGUGCUAACCAGAAAGGAAAAACCUAAAUGCGUAUCAGUAGCUCUACUUCUGUGUGGUACAAUGUGAGGGAUGGAAAACAAAAAAAAAAAAACCCCUCCCCAAAAAAAAUAACCUUCCCUUCCCUGUGACAAACUUUUAGGUUAAAUUCAGCAGCUUUCCUUCUCUCCCUCUCUGCCAUACACGCACACUUGCACACAUGCACAGAAGUGCUUAUGAGAAGCAGAUGCUGCCAUGGCUCUGCUUUGGAAGAGCAGGGGAGCACUCCCCUGCAGUGGGGGGGAAUCCAUGGCAGAAAGGUUCAGACUGCUUGUCUUUCUUCAGAUAGGGGAAAAAAAGGCUCUUGAAAUCAUGUCACAGAUAAGUUGUGUGUCUUAAUGCAUUACUAAAGGAGUUGUUUAAUUCUUUUUGUGUGUGGUGUGUUCUGAUGCUGUCCCAAGAAAGUGGAUGAUUCAUUUUUGAGAGGGCUUAUAAAACAUGUUGUACCCUCUCACUGUUUCUGGGAGAACAUAGGGAAGUUAUUGUUUUAUUUCAAGGAACUCAAAAUACUGACCUCCUUAAAGUUGUCCUGAAUUUUAUUUUAUUCCUGUUAAUGUUGAGAAAUCUGACAUCAAUUUUUAUGUCUUCAGUUGAAGACUGGAAGGGUUCAAGUAGUCUGCCAGUUUUUUCCAAUGGCCCAUUUCCAUCCCAACAAGAAGACGGAACAGUGCAGGUGCUGACUGCCCAGGAGAUUGGAUCUCUGGAAUUUCUGGAGAGCUGAGUAAGCUGCACUUGGCAAUGGUAGAAUGGACUCUGUUCUGAUCCCUUCCCUCAGCAGACACACAAGUUCAGGUGGUCCUCAGUGAAUGGCAGUUUUAUCUCAAUCAUCCACACCUGCAUCAAAACACUUUUGAGAACAGAUCUCUUAUCCCAGCAUUCAGAGAAGGAGGGGAAUGCCACAAUUCCCCCAGCCUGCUCUCAGGAUUGCCUUGCCUCACCCAGCCCUUCUGCUUCCAGGCUGUUACACAUCUUGCUGUCCCCUUCCCACAAUUCUUUGUGUGUAUGGAUAUAUUUUCCUACAAAUAUAUUUAUACACCACAUGUAGCUAAACCUGGUUCCCUCUGUUCCACUCUCGUGCCUCAAAUGCACGUCCUUUGGAAAUGAAGUGAAUGACUUCAUCAAAUCUCAUCUGAGAUGGAAAAUGUAGGCAUUUUAUUACAUUCUCUGUUGACUCAGGAGUGAAUUUUUUCCCUUCUUGUUAAAAAAACCCUUUCAAAUCACUUGAUUUGUAUCUGUAAAGAUGAUAAUGAAAUCAGCAGUUAUGUAGAGAGGUGCAAUAUAUUGCCUUUCAGCAGACAAGUCUAUCUCUGAUUAUGAUUAUUUUAAUUAAUUUCAGGUACAAGCUUUUGCUCCAUAUCAAUGGACCAGCAACAUAUAUAUUUCCUUAUAAACAAUUUAGAAACAUAUAUAUUUUUCAGGUGGAAUUCUUGGUUUUGGUAUGUCAGCCUCUGAGCUUCUAAAGGGUAUUUGGAUGAUAAAUACUGUUUGUGUGUGGGUUUUUAAAAAAAGUUGAUGCAUGUUGUUUGGAACUAAAAUCUCAUGUAAAGCAGGAAGGUAUUUAAAAAUAAAUACUGCUUUUACAUAUUAGCCCUAUGGGCACAAUCUGAGAGUUGUGGUGCAGGAAGAUGCCCCUUUUAUAAAGUAAGGUUCUCUUGCCUGAGCUAGUUCAAAAUCCAGGAGAGGCUGGAGUGGCUUGGAAAGGUUGAGCUGGUGGAGCUGAGAGCAGAGAUGAUCCUCUCCAGAGCUGUAUGCACAUGGUUGGGCAGUCACUGCUCAAUACAUUAAUUUAGGCUGUGUUAGCAGGUUUAUACCUAUGGGGUGAACUGGUUGCCAAGGGGAACUGUGGAUAUCCCUGGAAAUCCAUGUUUUACCUGCCUUGGUCUGCUCAGUGCCUGUGAGCCUCUCCCACUUCUUGCUCUGCAACCUCCAGGCCACCACAGUGGGACCUCUGAAAGCUGGGCUGGAGUUCCCUGGGAGAUGCACCAUUUUUAUUUUUUCAGCUCCCAAUAAAGGAAGCUUAGGGAUGGGGGUCAGUAAAACACUCCAGUUAUUCCAUGCACCUGCUCAGAGGCUCAAGCCUCCAACACAACUCAGCUGUGCACUGUGGCUGUUUGCUCUUUCCUCCCCUCAGUGUCCCUGGAAUCCUUCAGAGGCAUUGAGAUGCUUGGGACCAGCCCUGGAUGCCUGAAUUGCAGUCCAGUGCUGGCCUGGAAGCUGCUCCAGCCUUGAUUCUGGUGAGCUGGGGCUCAGCUGUUUGGUACCUAAUACAGCCAGUGUUUGUAGGAGUUUGAGGUUUACAGUAACUGAAGUAUCUGCAGAACUGUGCUGCACUUUCCCUGCUCGCUCUUUGUAGCUGUUGUUUAAAACCAUCAGUCAGAUCAGGGUCCCUCUCUUCCCCCCACCUGUUUUCCCACCUUGCUUCCCUUAAAAUUCCAUUGGAAUAUUUGUCCCUCUCAUCAAAACUGAUGGGGUGGGGUGGGCUGGAGGGGGGGCUUUGUAUAAAGAAAAGUGUCACUGUUUAUUACUGAAUAAAUAAUUUAAUGUGAA